GCAUCGUUCACUCGCGGUGUACUUGGCAGUGCACGUUCGUACAAGCAGAGCGAUCUUUACCGGCCUUCCACUUCCUCUUCCCGUGACUGGCUACAAUGGCGUCUGGCACCCUCUACACGUACCCGGAAAAUUUCCGAGCCUACAAGGCUCUGAUAGCGGCCCAGUUCUCCGGUACUCAGAUUAAAAUCGCCGAUGACUUCGUCUUUGGUGAAACGAACAAGAGUGAAGCAUUUCUGAAGAAAUUUCCGCUGGGAAAGGUCCCAGCUUUUGAAACUUGUGACGGAAACUGCAUUACUGAAAGCAAUGCAAUUGCGUACUAUGUGGCUAACGAACAAUUAAGGGGUAAAACAGAUAUUGAACGUGCAUUGGUUAACCAAUGGCUUGGCUUUGCCGAUUCCGAAAUUCUUCCUGCCAGUUGUGCUUGGGUAUUUCCUCUACUUGGAAUAAUGCCGUACCAUAAACAGACUGUUGAGCAUGCUAAGGAGGACAUAAAUAAAGCACUCACUGCUUUGAACUCACAUUUACUUACACGAACCUAUUUAGUGGGAGAGCGAUUGACUUUGGCGGAUAUUUGUGUAGCUAUGACAUUGCUGCACUUGUAUCAGUAUGUUCUUGAACCAGAACUACGCAAACCUUAUCAGAAUGUAAAUCGAUGGUUCCAAACUGUCAUCUAUCAACCUGAAUCCAUUGCUGUUAUUGGUGCCUUUAAACUGGCGGAUAAAACUAUUGAAUUUGAUCCUAAGAAGUUUGCAGAAACACAAGGAAAGAGUUCAAAGAAAGAAAAGAAAGAGAAGGAAUCUAAGAAAGAACAAAAAGAACCCAAGGAAUCGAAGAAGGCAGAAAAAGUUUCUCUAGCAAAAGAAAUACAAGAAAUACAAGACUCAGUUGAUGCAGCAGAAGCGGCUUUGGCUGCUGAGCCCAAAAAGAAAAAUCCUUUCGCCUCGAUGCCUAAAAGUUCAUUUGACCUCGACGAUUUUAAACGUUUUUAUUCUAACGAAGACGAAGCUAAAUCUAUUCCUUACUUCUGGCAGAAGUUUGACUCGGAAAAUUAUAGCAUUUGGCUUGGCGAAUACAAAUACAAUAAUGAAUUAACUAAAGUUUUCAUGUCUUGUAAUUUAAUUAGUGGUAUGUACCAACGACUAGAUUCGAUGAGGAAAGGUGCGUUUGCUAGUGCCUGUAUAUUCGGAGAGGAUAACAACAACACUAUCAGUGGCAUUUGGGUUUGGCGCGGACAGGAUCUUGUUUUUACAUUGAGUCCAGAUUGGCAAGUAGAUUAUGAAUCUUACAAUUGGACAAAAUUGGACCCAUCUAAAGAACAGACCAAGAAGUUGGUCGAACAAUAUUUCAGUUGGAUUGGUACGGACAAAGAGGGACGCAAGUUCAAUCAAGGAAAAAUUUUCAAGUAAAUUUGCUAUACAUCAAAUAAACAGAAAGUUCUAUUCGCAUGAAAUAAACCUAAGAAAUGAUAAAAUGACACAAGAAAUUUACAAACACCCUUCAAAAAUCCUGCAUUGGAUAGGAUAAACCAGCAUUCGAACAUCUAUUUCGCCUAGAUAUGUUUCUUCUCAAUCUCUACACGUAAUAUGACAGCUCUUUUAUACACAUAGACGUCUAUGUUAUUUAUAAUAUUUUCUAAUUCUCAAAAUAUAAACUUUUAUUAGAAAAAAUGUUUAGAAUAUACAACUCAUAAAGAAUUAUUUUUAAGACAGCUAAUUUAUUUUAAUACUACAGUAUCAUUCGUUGUUUCCUAUUUAAGUCAUCAGUUUGAUCACACAUUCAGUUUAGGUUAUAUAAAGUAUUUCACAAUACAUAUAUGUAUUUAUAUGUAGAACAAAAAUGGAUCUCUGAUAGGAAAAAAUGUAUCAUAUGCAUGUACAUAGUACAUGUACAUACAAGUAGAGAAAGAGAACAGAAAUAGAUAUUUUCAGCUGUUAA